CCGACGCUGUGAUUGGCUGCGCGACGAGAAAGGCGGAAGUUUCCGAACGUGAUACUUCCUUGACAACGGUGUGGGCUAAGAUGCCGACCCGUCGUGUCGUCGUGCAGCUCGUCGUGGCCUUUGCUGUGAUUGUGCCACAUGCCCGAGGCUUUACAAACCAGCCGCCGACGGAUCUGAGUGAUUCUGCUUUUACAGAUGGUGUGAAUUCAACAGCAGACUUUACAGUGGAUGUAAAUGCAACCGAAUCUCCGGAUAUCAUCAAGCAGGAGCUCGGACCCAGAGCCAGUGCUGAUGGUCCAGUCGCCUCCACAGUCCAAAGCCCAGUCACUGAGCCUGCACCAGGUUCUGAUGGUUGCAUCUGCAACGUCACUCCUGAUUUCUGCGAUAUCGGCUGCUGCUGUGAUGUUGCGGACUGCGGCAUCGCUGAUCUGAGUUCUGUGUUCAAUAACUGUAGGCAAGAAACGAGGGCUGGAGUGUGCAUCGAGAGCUGGCUGAUGUUCCGAGCCAAUGUGGACCCUCAGCUGGUGACGGACACGGGUUCUCUGUUCUGCAUUCAGAGAGGGAACGAUUCAGACAGCACAGCACAGACUGCACCUGCUGCCUCCGAAGGGCCGUUCUCCAUCUUUUCUCCUCACUUCUCACUAGCAGAGAUCCACAGCACUCAGAACCCGAGCAUUUAUAAGGUUGAUGAUGUCAUUCUGACAUACUACAACACCACAUCCAUAGUGAGCGUGCUCAGACAGCCGUCAUCGGGCGUGGCGUCCUCCUCCUGUGUCGAGCGCAAUCCUGCGAGGUUUCUGCGUUCUGGCUCUUUGUCUUGUUCCCGAGUUGUGAGUGCUCAGUCAUGUAGAAGAGACAGCAGUCUGAGUUUUAGCUCCUAUUUCACAGGUUUCAGUCUCCUACGGGUUCCACGUCCCUCAGAAAUGGACAUUUCAAAGAUUAUGAUUCCCAUUAUUCCACUUGUCAACCCGCCCGAACUCAGUGAGCACAAUGGUUCCUGUAUGAACGUGGUGACAAAGGUGGAAUAUGUGAUUACGUAUACCAACGCAGGAGAAAUUACAGCAGCGAUGGUAAAAGUCAGUGUUACAAAUGCUACUUUCGGCAUGCAGAUACUGCAACAACACGCUGUGCAAUAUCAGUUGGCCACGCCCUCAUCACCUCCUCCUAAAUUGCCAUUGGUUGGCUUGGAGGUUGGGACUCCAGUGAUUGGCUGGUUUGGUGGACAAGCUGGACCUCUGACGAUGCCAGGACUUUCCCUGGGAGGAGAAUGCUCUACUGACCUCACCAACCGGGCACCCAUCCUGUUCACACAUAACACCAUCACCGGCUGCACCUUCAGGUCAAUGUUGCAUGAAUGUGCCUCACUGAGAGCUCAGAUUUACAGCAUCCUCCGCGGGAAAAUGACCCCCGACACAGUCGCCAUGACAGCGGGGUCACAGCCACAACAGAGCAGGGUCGUCGUGCAGGAAUGUCCAGAACCUGCUCCGGGCGAGGUGUGUGAGACAGGUUGUCUGGUGCCUGUCUCUCUGUCAGUGAGGUUCCUCUGGGCUCAGACAGGAUUGUUGGCUCUGCCUCAGAAUCACAUCCUGGGUGUCAAAUACAUCUUCAGCUGUCAGAUCCUGAAGUGUCCCAUCGUUUCUCCUCUUCCUCUGACCACUGAGGUGAUCUUCUCUGACACCACCGUUUACCCACAACCCCCCCGGGGCAAACCCCAGCCUGAGCGGAAGUUUCCAUUCGGGUUCUUCACCAGGGGGGCAGAAGAACUAGACAGGGUGUAGGGCAUGAUAAAGUGACCGAGAAUUACCAUUAAUUCUUACUGCUAAUUACAUUUGAACAAUAAAGUCAAUUUUUUUAUUACUUAUUUCAGGUUUUAUUUUACCUUAUUAUUUUAAUUUUAUUUUUAUUAUUAUUUUAUUUGAUCAUUUUUUAGGUAAUUUUUGAAAAAUUGAUAUUUUUUCUACCUCAUUGUAAACAUGUAUAUAGAUUUUUUUUUUUUUUUUAAGAUAAUUUAUUUCCAUUUUACAAAAUA